AUGGCUGCAGGCAGAAGAAGCAAAGCAGUCGAGCAAACGCCCGCUGGCACUGAGAACAGAAAUAUCUUGGACGGACGUCCCAUCGCAGGCUGGCAACAGGAGGAGUGCAUAGCGCAGACCAUUGCCCAACAUUGGGACAGUCACCAGAUGAGCUCCCGACUGAACGGACUUGAUAUGGGCACCUGGACAAGGCAGGACGUCACUGGUGAUGCUGUUGGGUCUCCGAGGACCACUGUCGAACAAGUUGAACAUGGGAAGUCGCUGCAAGCCUGCAGGGAAGCCUUCGAUCAAGAUAUUGUUGGCAAGUGCGCCCUUCAGAGAAAUCGGGAGAGCCCAUGCCUGGCAAGACGCAAAGCCAAACUCUGGCAAGUGGCGCAGCUGAAAGAUGCCACUGCACGCCAAGUUCGCUUUAGCCCGAACCCGCCUGGUUGUUGCUUCUGA